AAACAUUUGAGAUCAUCUUCAUCUUUUUCCUUUCAACAACAAUCAGAAGGCAGAGGAGCAGACUUUUCCCAGCAACGCAACAGAUCAAUCAGCAUGAAGUCGAUAUCGUACGAUAUAGACCCAGGCGGCGACGUCGAGCUGAUACUCAAAAAGCCGAACAAGCAGAACAUCGUCCCCGAGAGUCCUACUUUCCAUGGAAAUCCCGUAGAUCCGGAGUUCCCCAACCCGCCAUGCCUCGGUCGAUAUCAAGUCUUCAGCGAGCUCUAUCUCGAUGGUGAGAACGAGAAUCCGGAUGUCGAGGUUCGCAUGCGAGUAUCCUCCCGGCAUCUGAUUUUUGCUUCUCGCACAUUCCGAGCUAUGCUCGAAGGGCCUUGGAAAGAGGAAAACUCAUCGUCCAGACCUAUUCGACAAAUAUCAGCCGAGAAUUGGGAUGCCUUUGCUCUCGCCAUAGUCAUGGACAGCAUCCAUGGUCGUCACCACGAGAUUCCAACACAGAUAACUGAUGGGCUCCUGACUCGAAUUGCAACCAUUGUUGACUACUACGAAUGUCGCCAGGCCAUGCAUCUUAAUUACGAGGUGUGGGCCCAUGGCAAAACACUACCUUCAGAGCCAUGCAAUGCGGCCUUGUUGUGGUUACAUGUCUCAUGGGUAUUUCAUGAUGAGAAUAGAUUCCGCAUUGCGGCACGUUUGUUUGUGCGUUUUAGCAUUGGAGCGUACGAUUUCGAGACCAAUGACCUUCCUGUUAGUGGUGUUCUCGACUUGCUCGAUGGUAUAAGACGAACCCUAAUUAACACAGUCUCAGAAGUUCUAGACUCUCUCGAGCAGCAUAUGAUCGACGAAGACGGCUGCGACUAUUUCAAGGACCCUGACUGCACUGCCAUCGUGCUCGGUAUAUUGGUGCGAGAACGGCAUAUAAUUACGAACCUGGAUCCGCCUCUCGUUGCUCCCUUUGAUGGGUACAGCUUACACAAGAUAUUACGUAGGAUCAGCCGCUUCCGUACCCCAUUGUCGCCGCACAAUGAUCUUGGCCAACCCUAUGAGAAAGAUGACGACGAGGAGGAACACCCCUGUACCAUUCAAAACUGAUGCCAGUGUUGAAGGGGAUAGAGAAAGCGAUUGACGGUGUUCGUCUGGCUGCUCUCCAAUCUUAACAUUUUGACGGCAAUUUGACGACGAGAAUUUGGCCUGUGACAAUUUGCUUUCGAAGACAUUGGUCAUUGCCUGUGGAAAGAGUAUGAAAUGACAGGCAGACACAGGAAAAAACGGCGAUGGACAAAGAGACGCAAGAUAAACUCUG